CCACUGACCACCCUUCGCGGCAAGCACAAGCUUCCUCCGCGUUCGCUGAUGUCGUCUGCCACCGCCUAACCGCCCCGCAGCGCGCAGCCCACAGCUAAUCGCCCCACCAAACCUGCCCCUCUAUAGAGUAGCAGCGAAAAUGCUAUGACACGACAAUGAGCGACCUGCGCAAAUCCUUCCUCAAGUCCAAACUGCAGCAUCUCCCACGGUCGCCGCCGAUGCCGACCACACACCCACUAUCAGACCUGUCCGCGUUCGACGAGGAGGAGGAGGAGGGGCUGGAGCUGGAGUAUGACGAGGGAACUCUGCCGCCGCCGUCUCCGCUGUUGUCGGAUUCGAGCUCCGCGUCGAGCGCGUCGAGUACAGGCACCAUCAAGCCGCUGUUCUCGCGGCCGGCGCAACCACGGAAGAAACCAACCUUCGAGCCCAUCCCGUGGCAAGCGCACUUCUCGCUCUCCCUUCACCUGACGCCCCCCGACUCGCCCGAAACCUCUUACCACGCGUACCUCACCCCGCCCCUCCCCAGCGGCCCCCUCUUCGUCUUCCACCACGGCGCGGGCUCGUCUGGUCUCUCCAGCGCUUUACUCGCGACCUCGAUCCGCCGCCUCCUCCCCAGCGCGGGGAUCCUCUCUCCGGACUGCCGCGGGCACGGGGAGACACAUACCCCGUCGGACAACGACCUGUCACUACCCACGCUCACCAGCGACCUGUACAGCACCAUCCAGCUCACGGCCACCCAGCAGAACUGGCCCACGCUCCCACCGCUAGUACUGAUCGGCCACUCCCUCGGCGGCGCGGUAGUAGUGAGCCUCGCCGCCUCCCGUCAGCUCGGCGACGCCCUCCUGGGAUACGCCGUGAUCGACGUGGUCGAGGGCUCCGCGAUCGACGCGCUCACUAGCAUGUCCACCUACCUGCACAGCCGCCCCACGAGCUUCAGCUCGCUCAGCCACGGGAUAGAGUGGCACACGCGUUCGCGGACGUUGCGCAACCCCACGUCCGCGCGGAUCUCGGUGCCCGCGCUGCUCGUUCCCUCCCCCGCCCCCAACCCCAGCUCCCCCACCACCCCCAUCACAACUAGUUAUACAUGGCGCACUGACCUCUCCUCCACGCAGCCGUUCUGGCAAACGUGGUUCACCGGGCUGUCAUCGCGGUUCCUGACCGCGCCGGGCGGGAAACUGCUGCUGCUCGCAGGCACGGAUCGCCUCGAUAAGGAGCUGAUGAUCGGGCAGAUGCAAGGGAAGUAUCAGCUCCUCGUCCUGCCAGAGGUCGGGCACUUUGUACAUGAGGACGCGCCAGAGAGGGUGGCGGCUGCGUUGGUCGAGUUCUACAAGCGGAAUGAUAGGAGCGUGCUCGUUUUGCCGCCGAAAGUUGGGGCGUCGGGAGGAGGAGCGGGAGUGGGUGGUGCGGCGGGCGCGGGUGCGGGCGUGCAGAGUCCGUACUUGCCCGCGGCCGGGAAACAUUACACUUCCAUCUAGAUACCUCCAUCUAGAUCCAUGGAUCAAAAUGGGCAGAUAUUACUGAAGCACAAGCCCGUUUAUUUCCCUCCCCUCCAUUGCUCCCUCCCUCCGUCCCGCGCGGGAUGGAAAAGCAAAUAAAAAAGCACAUGGGAAAGACGGUGUUGGCGUUGAAGUUUGAUGACUGUUGGACCGUUGGACCGUUGACUGGCCUGACCGUUAGCUAGGCCGAGCCGCAGGCCGUGGGGCCGAAUCAUGGAAACGAGGAAACGAGGCCAUAGCGUUCCCGCCCGCCCGCCCUCCCGCAUGAUUUACCCACAUAGCCCAACCCCUCGCAGAAUCACGUUCAGCCAGUUCGUUUACUUUGUAU